AUGGCGACCAAAGUCGGGGCCUAUUCCCCAAACACCUGGCGUACUAGAUACGCCCUCAACUACAAGGGCUUGCCAUUCACCACAGUCUGGCUCGAACUGUGCGACGUCGAACGAGAAUUACGCGCCGCGGGUGCACCUCCCGCCGGCACAUGGCCUGACGGACAGCCACAGUACACCGUCCCCGCCAUCUUCGAUUCUCUCACCAAUAGAUACGUCUCUGAUGCGCACCAGAUCGCCCGCUACCUCGACGAGACGUACGCCGACCGUCCAAUGCUCUUCCCUCACGGCACCGCUGGUCUCCAGCACGCCUUCGUGGGGCAAUUCAUCAGCAGGGUCGUUUUUGCCAGCAUUCCCAUUGCGCUGAAGGGCUGCUACGCGGUCAUGUCGGAGCGGACGCAGACGUAUUUCCGUGAGACGCGGGAGGAGAUAUUCGGGAAGAAAUUGGAGGAGAUAUGGGCGGAGGCCGCGGUGGAGAAAGGAUGGGUGGACGUGAAAGAAGGACUCGACUGGCUGGAGACAAUAGUCAAGGAAAAUGGUAACGACAAGUUGUUCCUGCUUGGCGACACGCCUACCGAGGCGGAUUUGGCCAUUGCAGCCAUGUUUCAAUGGAUCAACAAGGCCAGUACGCCAGUCUGGAACCAGCUGAAGGUGCUCAAUGGCGGGCGAUGGGCACGACUGGUUGAUGCUCUGAGUCGAUAUGAGAGCAACGAGACGAGGGCAUAG